GGCGGCCGCGGCGGUGGCGGCAUGAACAUGAUGGGCGGCAUGCCCAUGGGCGGCGGUAUGCCUAUGGGCGGCAUGGCGGGCCCGAUGGCCGGCAUGGGGAUGAUGGGAGGCGGCAUGGGCGGCGGUAUGGGCGGCGGCAUGCCUGGCUUCCAAGGCAUGCAGCCCGGCUUCAACCCGGCCUUCUUCGGUGGCGGCGCCAACCAGCCCAACGAGUGGCAGAACCCUCACGGCGCCAAGCGUGCUCGCGGCGAGUAGGACUCGAGCCGCGACGGUCGGCGCUAGCUCGCCGGUUUCCAAAUCACCAGUCGCCGAAGACUCCUCUCGCACAUGCGCCUCCUCCUCCGAGGAUGAUUGCAAGCAGACGGACACAUGCCGGCCUGUCUCCGUAGCUGACGUUGCCGUGGGUAGGGAUCUAGAGAUUGGGUUUCUUUUUUCCCUACCCCGGCAGCCUCACCUACCCGUUUGUAUGAUCUGGAUGGGAACGGGGAUUUUUUUCUUUUUCUCUCACUAUGCGACUACUCUCUCUCUGGCGUUGGGGUGGGGUUUCUCUAAGGGUUCCUCAGGUUCUUAAAUCAAUUCUCACGCUGAUAUUAUUAUUUA